GUUCGCUCUUCAUUCAGACAUCGGGAGCCGGAUUGGAGGAAUGGAGGAAAACGAGGAUUUCACGCCACCUUACUGACGACUUUUGCUGAAAGGACCACGGCUGCUUCGGUAUUAGUGGGUUCAUGCACACUGCUACCCUGCUGCCUCCCAGCAACCAACAUGCCUUAUGGAAUAUUUAUCUCCCACCAGUGAUGUUCUAAAGGGAUCCAUGUUUACAUUCCAGCAGUUCACCUUUUCUGCAAAUUAGUACCUAAAGAGCUCUUUUUUUUAAAAUCAGGCCUGCUCCCUUCAUCAAGCAUACAAUUGGAAUUGCAAACCUGUUCUUUUCUAUUUCUCUACAAUCAACUUCUCUUGCAUUGCAAAGAAGCUGACUGCCUAUCAUGAGAUUCCGAAUCUACAAGAGAAAGGUGGUGAUACUGACCCUGGUGGUUGUUGUCUGCGGUCUAGCUUUCUGGAGCAGUGGAAGACAAAAGAAGAACAGCAACGGAUCUUUUCCCAAGGAAGUGGAGACGGCCAGAAGAAGCAGUAGCAGCAGCAGCAUUAGCAGUAGUAGUGGUAACAACAAUAACCAGGUGCAGGCAACACCUACUGUCAGUCGGGCACCUGUGCCUCCACCCGUCAUACAUGCCAAUGAGACUCACCCAGAGAAAGAGAAGGACAAAGAAAAGGUGGCCAAACCAGAGAUAGACAACACAACCCUAGUGUACCGUGGCAUUGUCUUUCAACUCAACUUUGACCAGACAAUAAGAAAUGAGGAGAAGUUUAAGGCAGCAAGACAAAAGGAUGAUCUAGUUGUGGUGGUUCAGGUCCACAACCGGCCAGAUUACCUUAAGUUGUUGGUGGACAGUUUGCGGAAGGCCAGAGGUGUUGAGAGCAUACUGCUGAUAUUCAGCCAUGACUUCUGGUCCCCUGAGAUUAAUCAGGUGGUGGCCUCCGUCGAAUUCUGCCAGGUCCUCCAGAUCUUCUUUCCCUUCAGUAUCCAGCUGUACCCCCAGGAGUUCCCUGGUAACGACCCCAGAGACUGCCCCAGAGAUAUUCCCAAGAAAGACGCCUUAAAGCUGGGCUGUAUCAACGCAGAGUACCCUGACUCAUUUGGCCACUACCGUGAGGCAAAGUUCUCCCAAACCAAGCAUCACUGGUGGUGGAAGCUGCACUUUGUAUGGGACAGAGUCCGGGCGCUGAAGGACCACAGGGGUCUGGUGCUAAUGAUUGAGGAAGACCACUUCCUGUCCCCAGACUUCUUUCAUCUCUUAAGGCUUAUGUCAGCUCUCAAAAGAGAGCAGUGUGCUGACUGUGACAUCCUCUCUCUGGGAAGUUACAGUCACAUUGGCUACGCCAGCAAAGCAAAUAAAGUGGAGGUGAAAGCCUGGAAAUCCACAGAGCACAACAUGGGAAUGGCCCUGAACAGGGAAACUUACCAGAAACUUAUCCAAUGCACCGACGCCUUCUGCACUUAUGAUGACUACAACUGGGACUGGUCCCUGCAACACCUAACUGUGGCCUGCCUGCCCUCGUACUGGAAGGUCAUGGUAAGCGAGGCACCCCGGGUCUUCCAUGCUGGGGACUGUGGCAUGCACCACAAGAAGUCGGCCUGCAUGCCGGCCAGCCAAAAAACCAAGAUAGAAAAUAUCCUACAGAGCAGUGGUAACCAGCUGUUCCCAAAAAACCUCCUGAUAACAAAGAGACUUCCGGCCAAUGGGGCAGGCGGGGUGGCCCCUCACGUUAAAAAUGGGGGCUGGGGGGAUAUCAGGGACCAUGAACUCUGCAAGAGUUACCUUCGAUUGCAGUGACCUUAUUACUACUAUUAUAUAUUACUAUCUCUUUUGCAUCCACUUUAAAGCAAAGAAAGCCUUUUAAAAAGAAAUCUUUAUGGACUAUUCUUCAUAUUGCCUGUUUUAUUGGACUGUUCUAAAUAAAAAACGAAUGUUACAUUUCAACCUCUUUA